CGGAGCGCUCGCCUAGCGGGGCCCGGGCGCCGCGUCGGACGCCGAGGGGAGCUGGUGCUGCCGGCCAGGUCAAUGUCACUCCAGAGCCUGACGAUGAAGCAGAGCCUGCUGUGCUGGCCUUUGUCCGGCCUCUUUGUGCUGCUGCCCUGGCCUCUGGCCACUCCAACAUCAAUAACCCCUCGGCUGUGUCCACCUGGCAAGGAGCCGGACCUGGGCCCAGGGCAGGGCACAUUAUGCAGAACCUGCCCCCCAGGCACCUUCUCAGCCUCAUGGGACUCCCAGCCAUGCCAGCCUCAUUACCGCUGCAGCCUUCAGAGGAGGUUGGAGGCCCAGCCUGGCACAGCAACUCAAGAUACCGUGUGUGGAGACUGCCAGCCUGGGUGGUCUGGGCCACAGGGAGCUCCUCAUGUUCCGUGUCAGCCAUGCUCCAGGGCACCUCCAAGUGCUGGUGGCUGUGAUGAGUCAGGACGGCGGGCCCGGCGUGGCAUUGAAGUGGCAGCAGGUGCCAACAGCAACGGUGAACCUCGGCAGCCUGGGAAUGGCACUCGGGCAGGUGGUCCCGAGGAGACGGCUGCCCAGUAUGCAGUGAUCGCCAUCGUACCUGUCUUUUGUCUAAUGGGGCUUCUGGGCAUCCUAGUGUGCAACCUGCUCAAGCGGAAGGGCUACCACUGCACAGCCCACAAGGAAGUGGGGCCCAGCCCUGGAGGUGGAGGCAGUGGGAUCAAUCCUGCCUAUAGAACAGAGGAUGCCAAUGAGGACACCAUUGGAGUCCUAGUGCGCCUGAUCACAGAGAAGAAAGAGAAUGCAGCGGCCCUGGAGGAGCUGCUGAAAGAAUAUCACAGCAAACAACUGGUACAGACGAGCCACAGGCCUGUACCCAGGCUGCUGCCAGCUUCUCCCAGCAUGCCCCACAUUUGCCCACAUCGCCACCACCUCCACACUGUGCAGGACUUGGCCUCACUCUCAGGCUCCUGCUGCUCCCGUUGUAGCCAGAAGAAGUGGCCAGAGGUGCUGCUGUCUCCUGAGGCAGCAGCUGCCACCACUCCUCCUCCCGCCCUCCUGCCCAACCCAUCCAGGGCUCCCAAGGCUAAUGCCAAGGCAGGACGUCAGGGCGAGAUCACCAUCUUGUCUGUGGGCAGGUUCCGUGUGGCUCGCAUUCCUGAGCAGCGGACCAGUUCAUUGUUAUCUGAGGUGAAGACCAUCACGGAGGCUGGGCCUUCAGAGGGUGAUCUCCCUGACUCCCCACAGCCUGGUCUUCCCCCGGAGCAACGGGCACUGCUGGGAAGUGGUGGCAGCCAUACUAAGUGGUUGAAGCCGCCAGCAGAGAGCAAGGCUGAGGAGAACCGCUACGUGGUCCGGCUAAGUGAAAGCAACCUGGUCAUCUGAGGGGCUGUCUAGAAUUAGACACCCUGCCCGGCCCUGGGAGGUUCUGAAGGCUUCCUGCAGGAGGGAGAGCUGCAGCUGGGACUGAGGACCAAGAUGCAAAGGCCAAGUCCUGGAGGUGGGACCGUCCGCCUCAUUGAGGAGGCAGCCUGCGGCGCGUGAGCAGGAGAUCAAGAGCCCGCCCCAUCCCUGCAGCCCUGUUACUUCCCUGCGGGGUGCCCUAACCCUGUGCCUGCCCUUGAACACAUCAUAGGAGCCCUCUGUCCCCUAGGGGUCUGUUUGAUGGAGGAGUGGUGUCUGCCUGGGCCCCAGCUUGUGCCUUGGGAACUAGCCACUCUUGCUCAUGUCCUGGACCCUGGAUGUACCUCCCUGCCUUCUGGCAGGCCCUAUAAAGGGAGAGGGUAGCAAAGAGCCCUGUGCUAGGGGCAGAGUACCUGGGUCCCAAUCCUGGGCUCAUCCUUAGGCUCUGAGUGUGAAGUGGGGGAGAGCUCAGUUCCCAGGACCUCCCCAGCUCUUUGCAGACUCUAGGCUGAGUCCUGUUUUGGGGAGCUUGACGUUUCUACCCUCCCAUUAGUAGCUUUAUCUGGCCUGUUUUUGCUGCUUCCCAGGCCUUGGCCUUUAAGGCUCCCGUGGGACUGUCUAGUAUGGUGAUGCCUUCAGAAGGGGCUUCGUGCAUGUGCCUGCCCCUACCCUGCUCUUUUUAAUGAAACUGAUAAAUGACUUGACUUGGACAGGGCUCUCUGGUACAGAGCCUUGGUCCACCCUGCUGCCAUCAAGCUCUAGAGCUGUGGGAAGAGGAGGCUGCUGGGCUAGAGUGCCUCUGGCCUGUGGUUUCCACGACCCUGUGGCAGUGUCUGCCUGAGUUUUGGGCAGCAGGGAUGACUGCCAAUCCAGCCUGUCUUAGUCCCUGAUCUGGCUCGGUGCAUCGUUAUUUAUGUGGGGCCGUGCGGGCACGGGGCCCGCUGCCCAUCCCAUUCCUUAUUUAUUGAAACCGGCUGUCGCCCUGUCCCUACAUCUCCAGCCUCACACACUUGAGUAAUAAAAGGCAGAAAGUGG